UUCAGCAAGAUGGCGACGUUGACAGUGAGCCGGCCGCCGAUCGCGGGUUUCAGUUUCGAAAACUGCAAGAGAAAUGCACUUUUGGAAGGUGAAGCGACCAAAAUGGGAUGCAGUUUACCUGCUGCUCGGAAAACAGGAACCACCAUCUGUGGAGUCGUCUUCAAGGAUGGCAUCGUCCUCGGAGCCGACACCAGAGCCACUGAGGGCAUGGUGGUGGCAGACAAGAACUGCUCCAAGAUCCACUACAUCUCCCCCAACAUUUACUGUUGCGGAGCGGGAACGGCCGCAGACACGGAGAUGACCACUCAGAUUAUCUCCUCCAACCUGGAGCUGCACUCCCUCUCCACGGGCAGGAUGCCACGCGUGGCCACGGCCAACCGCAUGCUCAAACAAAUGCUCUUCAGGUAUCAGGGCUACAUCGGGGCCGCUCUGGUCCUGGGUGGAGUGGACUGUAACGGCCCCCACCUUUACAGCAUCUACCCUCACGGCUCCACCGACAAGCUGCCCUACGUCACCAUGGGCUCCGGGUCUCUGGCUGCUAUGGCCGUGUUUGAGGACCGCUACAAGCCUGACAUGGAGGAGGAGCAGGCCAAGCAGCUGGUGCGGGACGCCAUCGCCGCGGGAAUCUUCAAUGAUCUGGGCUCCGGCAGCAACAUUGACCUGUGCGUCAUCACCAAGGGCAAAGUGGACUACAUCCGUCCCCAUGACGAGGCCAACAAGAAGGGGGUCAGAGUAAGUGAGCUGGAAGCCUCGCAGCUAACCGGGGAUUACAAGUACAAAAGAGGCACCACGGGCGUGCUGACAAAGGUGGUGACCCCUCUGGACCUGGAGCUGGUGGAAGAGUCUGUACAGACUAUGGAUACCUCCUAAAAAAAUACUCGUACGACGUGUUUUGUUUUUGCCGUGUGUCACUACCCCUCAGAAUUUCUAAGACAAAUGGCACGUUUUUUUCCAUGGUUUACAAUAAAAAGUGUUUGGGUUGAUUCA